AUGUUCGCUAUUGCAAGUAUAUUUUUUCUUAUCAUCAUAUCUUUAUGCCAUGGUGUACCAAUAACUGAUCGACAAUGUCCACCAGAUGCAAUUGAUUUCAGUACUAAAAUAGAAAAAUCAUCAAUUGUUGUCUAUGGAAAAGUAAUGGCUAAAAUGUUAGAUGAACAAAGUGAUUCAACAUUUCAUGUCUUCUUUCAAGUUGAUUGUAUUUUAAAAGGACCAGCAACAUUACGACAAAUUAAUAUAACAAAAGCUGGUCAUGCUGAAGGUAAACAAUAUUGUCAAGAAUUUCCUGUUGGUCGUGGUUAUUCAAUAGCUUUUCUUGAACCAAUAUUAUCAAAUACAACUGAUUAUUAUACAUUUACACCAUCUGAUUUUGUUGAAAUUCUUGUUGAAGAAAAUUCAACAAAUCUAUUAUUAGCUCGUACAUGUAAUCUUCAUCAAAUAGUACCUCGUCAAUCAGCAGCAUUAGCUAUUGAAGUAUGUCCAGCUGUUAGUACUGAUCCAAUAUGUCAUGAAACUGUCGAUGUAACAACAACAAUGACAAUGAGUACUGAUAGUCUCAUGGAUACAACAAAUAAUAUUUUAUUCGAUGAAACAACAACAAAUAAUAUUUUAUUUGAUAUAACAACCAAUAAUUUAUUAUCUGAUAUAACAACAGAUGAUGUUUUAUCUAAUGUAACAACAAAUAUAUCAAACGAAAUUUUACUUAUAUCAAAUGACAAUGAAUUUUUACCACAUUCAAUUGAUCCGACACAACAAGAAAUAAAUGCUAUUCGAAGUAGAUCUAAUACAAAUCAAGUUGAUGUUGAUAAAGGCAAUGGUGCCAAAUCGAAAACAUAUAGUACACUUUUUAUGAUAAUGGCUAUGAUCUUUUGUUUGAAUUAA